UGCCAUUUUCGGCCAGAGACCACUGAAAAUGACUCCCAAGAAGACUGCCGCUCCCUUCCUAUGGUUCUCUUUUUGCUUUGGGAAUGUUCUUGAGGCAGUGGUGCUGGGAUCGGUUCAGUACCCCGAUAACGGGCUCCACUCACAUCUGGAUGCGCGCGGUCCUGCAGAAGCCAGCGCGAGCUCACGGAACGGCUCCACAUCUGUUCAUGUUCCAUCUUACAUGAUCUCUCUGUACAGGACUCUAUCGGAACUGGACCGACGCGCAAGCAACGGCAGCCAGACGCGCUCCAGGAGAUAUGCCAAUACAGUGACCAGCUUCAUGGACCUGGGACCAGAGGAGCCUUCCCUAAAGUUCCACCAGCAGUACACAUUCGACGUGUCUGGUCUCUCACGACUAGAUGAACUGAUGGAGGUGGAGCUGCGGGUACCGAGGAGGCCAUCGCCUGAUGUUUUCAGUUUACUCUCCAGCGGUGGAAACCUGUACCGAAUACUCCUUCACACCUGCUCCCUCCCGGGAUCCUCUAACCAACCUCUGCUCCUCACCUCCAGGACCAUUGAUCUUCUAGAUACCGCUUCGGCCACUUGGGAUGUGUUUGAUGUUGGUGCAAGCGUGAAGACCCACCUCAAGUUGUUCAGGACCGUGGAAGGCAGCAGGCCAUUGUGCUUCAGUAUAUCAGCCAUUUCUGAUUCAAAUAAUGAGGUUGUGCAUCCCGGCAUGCUGGGUCUGAGCCACGAGGAUCAGCAGACCCAUGAAAGGGCUUUACUGGUGACCUUUACUCGAGCUCGGAAGAAGGAGAACCUCUUUAGGGAGAUCCGUGAGAAGAUAAAGGCCAUUAAAAGUGAUACAUUUCCUAAUCCUGCUCCGGAGCAUGGUAUUAAAGGUCACCCAAGACAUCGGCGGAGGAGGCGGACUGCACUAGCAGGUCGUUCUGGUUUAGGACCCGUUACAGGGAGUGCCGGUGGAGGAAAGGGUGGCGGCAGGCGGAGAACACGUUGCAGCCGGAAGCCGCUUCAUGUGAACUUUAAAGAAUUGGGUUGGGACGACUGGAUUAUUGCACCACUAGAUUACGAAGCUUAUCACUGUGAGGGUUUGUGUGACUUCCCUUUACGGUCACACCUGGAACCGACCAACCAUGCCAUCAUCCAGACUCUCAUGAACUCCAUGGACCCAGAGUCCACCCCUCCCAGUUGUUGCGUUCCUACUAAGCUCAGUCCCAUCAGCAUCCUGUACAUUGACUCUGGGAAUAACGUAGUUUAUAAACAGUACGAGGACAUGGUGGUGGAGAGUUGUGGGUGCAGGUAGCAAUGUGUGUGAGGGGUGACCUACCCCUGGACAUUAUCCGAAAGCUGCUGCUGCUGCCUCACACGCAGAGGCCAAGUGCAGCAUUGUGGGCAAGCUGAAGUAGUCAGAGCUGGAGAGAUGGACAGUGUGUAAGUGUGUGACAGUGAGCAUGUGUGUAUGUUCAAACGGAGAUAAGACAUUGAGUUGUGUUUUAGAAGUGAGCGGAGGACAUGUGUGCCGAACAGCUCCAAAUUCCCUUACAAAACCAAAUAAACAACUCCUCAACAGAAAAAGAGUGAAAACGUAGGCUUUCCAGAAAUUAUUUUACAUCCUCAUAUAAUAUAAACUUAAUGAUAGAGUGUUGAAGUAUCCUUGCAGCAGUGGUAGAAAUGUUGGCUCCGUUAAGACUCUGUCAGAGUCUGAGAAUCUGUCAGCGGUAGCACGCAACUAUAACGUGUAUAACAGCUAAAGGUGCUUUGCAUGACAGUCAGCUUAUAUUCAAGAUGAAAUAGCUCUGAAGAAUUUGAUAGUGCCUCUGAAAAUGUUUCUCUGUGGAGUCAGGUGGCCUUAAUUAAAUAUGGCAUUGACUGAGUGAAAGUUAACAUUUACUGAGUGAAAGUUUGACUCCUUUUUAAAUCGAAGGGGUCAAAGUUCAGCUGGUUAGCAUGGCCUCAUUAGCUUAUUAGAUGUUUUAACUACACCGUGUGGUUGCAAAAACAUCUUUAUUAACUGACAUCCAUUCAAGAUAGCUGUAUUAUAUUUAAACCACAUCUUUAGGUGUUUUUCCAGUACACAAAGCUUUCUUAAACGUAUCAAAAUUGACAUUUUCACCCUAUCUUUUGUCAGGAUACUCAGGGAACUCAGGAUAUUCACAUUCAAAGGGUUGGGGGCUGUGCAUGUGCGGUGUCAUCAGCCAAUCAGCAUUGUCAUGACAUAAUUUUCCUUCAGAUUUAGAGUAAUUAGUCAUAUGCCAUUUAUGGCUCAAGUAAUUGGCUUGAAAAAAGAAGCUGCAUGAGUUCUCAUGACCAAAAAUGAAUUGCAUACUUCCGAGAGUGCUGUGUCAUACUGAUAGCUUAAUAUAGGAGCCUGAUGAUUUUUUUUUUAAAUCAGGCUUCUUUUUUUCUCAGCACUAGCUUGCAUAAAAAAAGAAUAAACCAUAAAAUGGUUUAUUUAUAUCAUUUCAUAGUCUUAAAAUAACACACUCAAUCCUAAACCUAAAAUUAAGCCGUUUAAUGAGCUGGAUUUGGCUUUGGUCGGACGAUAGAGCUGCAGUAUAGUACAUGAUGAGUGCAAUAUGUGCAAGAUAAAUGACUUCAUUGCAUUGAGCGACCUCAGACCUUACUUUGUGAAAGGCGUUGUGGAGCCAAAUUUAAAAAUGAUUGUUUUGUUUUAUUCUGACACCAGAUUUGGCUGUUUGAAGUCUUAAGUGUUCACCCACAUUUACUGAAAGAGAUUGUUUACUUGAGCUGAUAAUUAGAUUAGAUUACAUUCAUUUUAUGCUUUAAUGCCAUGCCUUAUUAUGGAUUUUUCAUACAAAUCAACAGUGUUUAUUUCUAGUUUAUUUCUGAAUGACAGCCACAAGUUAAAAAAGGGACUUAAUUUAUGCCCAGUUUUUAGGCUUUAAAAGGUUAGUUCACCCAAAAUUUUAAAUUCAUUUGAUUCCAGAACUGUAGUUUUUUUCUGUGGAGCAUAAAAGAUGUUUUGAGGAAUGUUGCAUGGACAAAAAAACACAGUUUUUGAAAGUUUGGUGAAUUAUCUCCUUAAAUUCGUGUUAGUUUGUGUGAAAGUUUUACACAGAACUUCUUCUGAAUGACAUCAAGCCAUAAGAACAAAAUGAAAAUAAGCUUCUAGCGUUCAUUAAUCUCAGUGUCAGGGCAGAAAUAUUUGCCUGCUUACUGUUUAUAUAACAUCAACUGUUUCCACUAUGAAGAAAUACAAAGCAGAUUUUUCAAUUCAUAACAGCAAUUGUUUUUCAUUUUUUGCGACAUUUCUCCAUGGUAAUUCCCCUUAAUUAAUGUUAGUGUCAUUGUAUGGGAAUGAUAAUCACUCACAUGGUCCACGGUGGCAGUAUGAAAGUUACAUUCCUAAAUCAACAGACCACAGAAAAAUUAGCGAAGUAAUUUAAUGGCACGAAAUCUGUGCAACACUUAAGAAAAUUUCCUGUGUGGUUUUACAGUACAUUAAUGUCAAUGACUGUUAGUUACAAGCUUGUUGUUUUGAUUUUUUGUAUAUACUUUUGCAUGAGAAAAUUCAAUUUACCAUUUACAAUCAGGACGAAAGCAGUUGCACCCCUCGCAGUAUUUCUCUAUUUCCCUGUUCAAAUUGUGCAGAUCUGGUAAAAUCUUGUUCUGCAGACUGCAGGACUGAACCAGACUGAAAAUAUAAUGCAAAAAGGAGAUCUUUUGACAUCUAUUUGAAAUCUAUGAAAACAAAUUAAUUUCAUUUGGCCAGUCAAGGAUAGUUCAGGCAAUAUCCUUAUCUCGAGGUCUUUAUCUCCUCUUGUUGUAAACAAUUCCAAUCGUAUGUGCUGGCUCCUUAAUCUAAUUCCUCUCAAGGCAGUUUCUCCAAACAGUCUGAUUCUAUUUAUAAGCAGCCUUUCUUUCAAUAUUGACACGAUCGCAAUACCACACCUAGCUGGAAAAGAUUAACAUUAGGGGACGCCAUCUUUGGUUGAAGGAGAAGCACAAAGAGUGCCGUUGCCGUUGUCUGUUGUUCAGAGGUCUGGAGGUUAUCAGCUUAAGCGCUGCAUGAGUUACCUCAGUUGUGCCUUGCUAUUUGACUGAAGUGAAAAGCCUCAGGAGACAUUUAGUAGAGAAGGAGUUUUAAUUUACUAUGCCAAGUGCUCUCAGAGAAAUGAAUGCAAAGCCUGCAGGAUUGUCAUGGUGCAGUUAAGGGGUUUGGCGCCCCUCGAACGUUCAUGCUGAUCAGUGCUAAGCCAUCUUAACUUACCUUCACCGGCAUCUGUUAUACUUUACUGAACAUAAGCUGGUAAAAUAUAUGUUUCGCUUAACAAAAUAUGGAGGGAAUAAUAAAGCUGUUUCUUUUUAUUAGAACAAAGGUUAAAAAUAUAAGUGUAAAUUAUUGCACACAUGUCAAAGUGCUUUCCUUAAUUUAAUGCAUUUAGUGUUUUGUAUUUAUCUGGCUGCAAAAAUGAUCAUUUCAUAACACAGAGCAAGAAUGUCUUAAAAUGGGAGAAUGUCAUUUUUUUGUUUUUUUGACUUUUUAUUGUAAAUGCACUGUGUACUGUAUGUGAGAGUAUGCAUACUGUUAAAUAAUGAAGUGUACAUAAUCCAUUGUAAAUUAUCUGCAAUAUAUUGUUUUCUUGAUAUAUUGUUUAUUAGUGUAUGUAUGAUAUAUAUAUAUAUAUAAAACAAAUUUAAAUUUAAAAACAAAAAGUAAACACUUAUCAUCUU